AUGAAGAAAUAUCUUCUCGCUCGAUAUCAACAACAACAAACACGCUUCUUUCCCAUUGAAUUCAUGAAUGAUUUUCAUUUUGUUUCCUCUCAUUUGGAACGCUAUGGAUAUGGUUUAUCUUUGGCUUCGGAUGAAGUUUUACAUAAAUACGGAACGAAUUUGAUUGAAAAAGCAAUUUAUUUGUUUGGGAAAUAUUCCUCUCAACAACAACAACAACAACAACUUUCGGAUGAUAUUUGCUGUGCACUCAAGAGAAUGCAGGGUUCUUGUUUAAAAACUUGGAAGGAUCAUUCAUUGGUCAAGCAAUUAUUGGUGCAUACUCAAGGGUGUGCAUUUCCUUUUGUUUCCGAUGAGAUGAGGAACGAUGAAAAGGUUGUCUUGACAGCUGUCAAAAGUCAUGGUACUUUGUCAGUGUUGGAUUUUGCUUCCGAAAGGUUAAAAAAGGAUCCCAAUUUCAUGUUACAAGUCAUUCAAAGUCUUGGGCCAUCAGCGUCGAUUCGAAUAACGGAUCACUCUCCCGAGUUGAUGCAACACCAAUCGUUUCUAAGGAAGGCCGUUUCGAUGAAUAUUGAAAUUCUGGCAAAUUUCAAACAUAAUUGUGAUCAAGAAAUGGAUAAGGAUUUGGUGUUGACAGCGCUCCCAUAUUCUGUUCUUGCAAUGAAACAUGUUCCAGAAGAAUGGCGAAAAUCGAGAGAAUUCAUAUUGGAAGCCAUUCAACGUAAUUACAAAGCCAUUGAAUGGGCAUCUGACGAGUUAAAGAACGAUUGUGAAAUGAUUUUGACUGCCUUUCAUCAUGCAACAUCAUUAAGGCCAUUUUCAUUGGCAGAAAUUAAUCAUUCUUCUUCUACCAUCAUAACAAGUGACAUGAGGAUCAUGAAUUGGAAUGAUAAACACAUGACCUUACCAAUUGUCAAAGAGUUUGGCUUUGCAUUGCAACACGUCUCUGAAGAACUUCGACAAGAUCGACAACUUGUCCUUGCAGCAGUUUCACAACAUGGGCUUGCCUUGCAAUAUGCCUCACAAGAAUUAAGAAAUGAUAAAGAAAUUGUCUUGCAAGCAGUGAAGACACAUCCAGGAGCAAUGAAAUACGCUUCGAAUUCCUUGAAAAACGAUAUAUCAAUGGCGACAGAAUUAAUUCAAAGGAACAACCUGUUGUCUCUCAAAGGCAUGUCAAAAUCUAUAUGGACCAAUAGGGAAAUUGUUUUGCAAGCUGUUAAAAGAAAUCCAAUCUUGUUGAAAGAUGCAUCCGCUGAAUUGAAACAAGACAAUGAAAUUGUCUAUGCAGCAGCAGAGAAAUCUUCUUUAGCACUUUCAUUUGCCUCACCUUCCCUCAAAAGUGACAAGUCAUUCAUGAUGCGACUGGUCACUUUCAAAGGACAAUACCUGCAACAUGCCUCAAAUGAGCUUAAACGAGAUAAGGAAAUUGUUUUGAGUGCCUGUCAACAAGACUCUAGUUCUUUUUCAAAUGCCUCGUUGGAGCUCAAGAAAGACAGGGAUUUUCUUUUACAAUUGAUCAAACAUGUGGAUGCCAGAUGUAUGGCGUAUGCAUCGAGAGAACUGCAGAACGAUCGAGACUUUAUAUUACAAGCCGUUCGCGAAAAUGGAAGUGUCUUGCAAGAACUUUGGGGAAGCAUUUACAACCAUGACCGUGAAUUGAUUAUUGAAGCAGUGAAAAGCAAUGGGUUUGCAUUCAAAUUUGAUCAGGAAUUGCAUCGAAUUAGAAUGGAAGAGUGUUAUUGCGGGGUGUUUUUGGGUGAAUAUAAGCGAUCUAUUAACAACAGUGUCAAUGACAUUUUUAAUUUCAACCAUUGA